AUGAGCUCUUAUGCAAUAAGACUAUUAAAACAAGAGAAAUACCAAGAAUCAAAUGCAUUAACUCGUCAACUCUUGGAAGUGGAUCCUAAAAAUUAUAGAUUAUUGAUUUUAUCUGCUGAUUGUCAAUAUUUUCUAAAUAAUUAUGAAAAAUCACUUGAAGAAUAUGAAAACGCAAAGUCAAUAAUUAGUAAACUAUUGACCGAUUCUAAUCAUUGCAUUUGUGAUAACAAUGUGAUGAAAAUUCCCGAAAGUAUUAAUUCAAUCAAUGGAAGAAUCUGCUUAGCUUGUUACCAGUUAAGUAAAAGUAGAAUUAAACAAAGUGACUGGUCAAAGGCAAUAAAUUAUUUAGAUCGCUGUAUUCGUUUGGCGCCAUUUCAAUCAGAAUUUUACAUGACACGUGCACUAGUUCAUUAUCAGUCAAAUCAUACUGAGCAUUCGUGGAAUGAUAUAUUAAUUUUCGUUUAUUUGAAUUUAAGUGACUGGGCAUUGUGUCAAAGAACAAACGGUAAAUGGUCUAUAUAUCCAAUGUGGUAUCAAACUAUUGUACAUAAUCGACUCCUCAGUCAAGUUAACGAACAAAUCGGUCCAUUAAUUCAUCGUCUCACACCAAAAUAUAUUGAUUUGGUAAAAGUUGCGAAUUCUAAAGAAUGUGAACUGUCUUUACUAAAGAAUUUACGAAGAAUAAUUAAUGAAAACAAAUGUGCUGCAUGUCAGAGAGCCCGUGAUGCUUCAACUACUAAAAUUACCUUUCCUACUAAUGGUAAUCAACAGACGUUGGAAAAUCCGAUUGAUUGGUUAAAUAAUCAUGUGUGGUUUAAUUUAUUUUCAGAGCCUAGGGAUAACAAUGUUAUUAAAAUGCAUUUCGUAAAUUCAGAUGAUAUUACUCAGAAAACAUUCACUGAUGUAGGUGAAGAUGACUACAAACAAAUCAAUGCCAAAAUUAAGGAAAUUCGUCAAAAGAAUUUCGCCAGACAAUACAUGUACACCAAAUGAACUCCAUUAUUUUAAAUGUAACAGAAUACUGUGAUGACCAACUUGGUUGUCAUUAAUUUAUUAUUCUUUUUGUAAGACUAUCACUUUGAUGUUUCUAGAUUUUUGUUUAUUUGUAUGUCCCUUUUUGGUCUUCGUCUUAUUCACGGCAAAACUAGUAGAUUAUUUCUCAGUUUUUAACAGUAAACUUAUUUCUUAAACAAUCAAAUGACAUCAAAGUUUUUUUGAUGAGAUAACUGUUGCUAAAUUACAAGGUUCUACAAAUUAUCAAUUAUGACAAACUAUUAA